CCGUCCCCGCGCGCUCGCCCCGCCGCUCAGCCUGCGCCCAGCCGCCGUCGAGCCGCCAUGCAGCUCCCGCCCGGCGCGUCCCUCCCGCUGCUGCUGCUGCUGCUGGGCCCGGCCCUCGGGGCGCUCGCGGCGGCGCCGCUGGCCGCCGGGUGCCCGGAGCGCUGUGAGCCGGCGCGCUGCGCCCCGCCGCCCGGACACUGCGAGGGCGGCCGCGUCCGCGACGCGUGCGGCUGCUGCGAGGUGUGCGGCGCGCCCGAGGGUGCUGAGUGCGGCCUGCAGGAGGGCCCGUGCGGCGAGGGGCUGCAGUGCGUGGUGCCCUUCGGGGUGCCCGCCUCGGCCACCGUGCGGCGGCGCGCGCAGGCCGGCCUCUGCGUGUGUGCCAGCAGCGAGCCGGUGUGCGGCAGCGAUGCCAACACUUACGCCAACCUGUGCCAGCUGCGCGCCGCCAGCCGCCGCUCCGAGAGGCUGCACAAGCCGCCGGUCAUCGUCCUGCAGCGCGGCGCCUGCGGCCAAGGGCAGGAAGACCCCAACAGUUUGCGCCAUAAAUACAACUUCAUCGCCGACGUGGUGGAGAAGAUCGCCCCGGCCGUGGUUCACAUCGAACUCUUCCGCAAGCUCCCUUUUUCUAAGAGGGAGGUGCCGGUGGCCAGUGGGUCUGGCUUCAUCGUGUCUGAAGAUGGGCUGAUAGUGACAAAUGCCCACGUGGUGACCAACAAGCACCGGGUCAAAGUUGAGCUGAAGAACGGCGCCACCUACGAAGCCAAGAUCAAGGAUGUGGACGAGAAGGCGGACAUCGCCCUCAUCAAAGUCGACCACGAGGGGAAGCUGCCUGUGCUGCUGCUCGGCCGCUCCUCGGAGCUGCGGCCGGGGGAGUUCGUGGUCGCCAUCGGAAGCCCGUUUUCCCUUCAGAACACGGUCACCACCGGGAUCGUCAGCACCACCCAGCGCGGCGGCAAGGAGCUGGGGCUCCGGAACUCCGACAUGGACUACAUCCAGACCGACGCCAUCAUCAACUACGGGAACUCGGGAGGCCCGCUGGUGAACCUGGAUGGCGAAGUGAUCGGAAUCAACACUCUGAAAGUGACGGCCGGGAUCUCCUUCGCGAUCCCAUCUGACAAGAUUAAGAAGUUCCUGACGGAGUCGCAUGACCGACAGGCCAAAGGCAAAGCCAUCACGAAGAAGAAGUACAUCGGCAUCCGGAUGAUGUCGCUCACAUCCAGCAAAGCCAAGGAGCUGAAGGACCGGCACCGAGACUUCCCGGACGUGCUUUCGGGGGCGUAUAUCAUCGAAGUCAUUCCCGACACCCCAGCCGAAGCCGGCGGGCUCAAGGAAAACGAUGUCAUAAUCAGCAUCAACGGGCAGUCGGUGGCCUCUGCCAACGACGUCAGCGACGUCAUUAGGAAGGAAAGCGCCCUGAACAUGGUCGUGCGCAGGGGCAAUGAAGACGUCAUGAUCACGGUGAUCCCCGAGGAAAUCGACCCGUAGACGGGGCAUGGGCCGGGCUCCACGUUUCCGUCAGAGACUCCUCAGGGGACGAUGCGGGUGACUCUGAGCUGGCAGCUGGGACACCCGACUCCCGAGCGCCACGCUGCUCGUCCAGCAGACGCGCCCUGGCCGCCAGGCUCCUCCCUGAUAGUUUGCAGGCAGAACAGCUGUACUCUGUAGAGGCACGCCCCUGUAUCGUGUGUGUGCCCGCGCUUUCCUCGCCAGCUUGGGCUGUUCCUGUGACAGCGACCUCGGUCCCCUCCCUUAGCCGACUCAGCAUCCUAGGCCGGGAAGCAGUCAGCAUAGCGCAUGGCUACGGGGAAGGCCCCUGGGCGCCGGAGGGCACUGGCGCGUCUGCCUUGCGCCCAGGGGAGACGCCGAGGCCGCGGGAGGGUGAGCGCUGGCUUCCACGGGCCGGUCGCCUCUUUGGGGAAUGUCCCCAGAACCGGGAGCAGGUGACUUUGAA